AUGGACGCCCACGCCCUCCUUACAUCCCAAGGGUGGCGCGGCUCCGGCCAUUCCCUCCACAAGACCGACGACACCAUCGGCCUGGCCAAACCCAUUCUUGUCUCCCGCAAGAACAACGUCCUCGGCGUCGGCCGCAAGAGCCACGUCACGAGCGAUCAGUGGUGGCUCAACGCCCUCGAUGAGCAGCUCAAGAGCCUCGAUACCUCGGGCAAGACGAGCAUUGUGCAGACAAAGACCAACACCAAGCUGGGCGGUCUGCUAGCCUCCUCCACCGCUGGCGCCGCCGGGAAAUAUGCGGGCGCUAAUGGCUUGUACGCGUGCUUUGUGAGCGGGGGCUUGCUGCAGGGCACGAUCAGGUCGGGCCAAGAGGAGGACGAAGAAACGGGCGAGUCGACGGAUGCGACGCCCGAGGUGGAGCCUAUGCCUGUGAGGAAGGAGACAAAAGAGGAGAGGAGGGCCAGGAAAGAGGCGAGAAGGAAAAGAAAGGCUGCUAAGGCGGCGAGACGAAAUGCCGAGGCUGCAGAGGCCCUGAGAUCCGCCACAAAAGAACCGAAGAGGAGCAAGGACAAUGAGAAGAGCAUCGCGCCAGAGUCAAAGGAGGAGCGUCAGGCAAGAAAAGAGGCUAGAAGGAAGAGGCGCGAAGAAAAGGACAAGCGGCGUAGGGGCGAGGGAGGUUGA